CGCGCACGGCUACCGAGACCACCCUUCCCCGCGUUUAAACAAUUCGCUAAGUAGACAGAGCGGUGUCGCCGGCUCGCGCCGCGGCGAUAGCGCCGAGUCGGUGGCCGCGGCGCGCGGACCAAUGAGAGAGCGGCGACUGCCGCGGUCGGCGGUGGUGGGGAGGCGGGCGGCGCGCGCUCCGCAGUCGCCUCGCGGACGCCGAACGAGAAGCAGCUGGUGCGGCGACAGUACAGUGGAGCAGCGCAGUGAGACAGUCAUGUGCGUCGGAGUCUCGUAGCGUGCUUCGAGUGUUGUUGUGCCGUGGACGAGCGCGCGGGAGCCACCAUGCUGACCACCAGCGCCAACCAGUACUUGCACCCGGACUACCUGUCACCGUUACCAACUACGUGGUCGGUGCGCGGCCGGGGUUCGCAGCCGGACAUCCUGGACCCCGACCUGGGCCACGAGCCGCUGCAACAACAGCUCGAUGCGAAGAAGAGUCCGCUGGCCCUGUUGGCGCAGACGUGCAGCCAGAUCGGCGCCGACUCGCCCAGCAGCAAGCCACUGAUCCCGCCGCUGGAGAAGCAGCCGUCCUCGAAGUCGUCCUCGUCCUCCGCCUCCACGGUGAAGAACGAUUCCUCUACCAGUGGGAGUGGCGGGGCACGCGACAAGUCUUCGCCGGCGUCAUCGGCGGGCAGCGACUUGAGCGUCAAAUCGAGCUUCAAGCCGUACGAGUCUUCAGUGUCGCAGCAGCACCACCAACAACGAGACAAGACUGGAUCGCCGCAGGAGGACCGCGCGGGUGCCACGAGCGGCGGUGGGAACGGUUCUGCCCGGGUGAGGACGCCCGCGUCCACCAAGAGCGGCGGCCGCUGCUCCAGCAAUCAGAGCGCUUCCUCGCCCAGGUCUUCGCCGGUGGUCGGUCGGAAGACGCCGGCCAGCGCUGCUGCUGCUGCGGCGGCGGCAGCUGUCGCCGCCGCCAGCAGCGCGGCGUCUGACACAAAGUCGUCGUCGGAGAGUCCGCUGGCUGCGACGACCAAGGUGGGAUUCAGUCCGGUGGCGUCCAGCCUGCUCGACCCCACCGCGUCUUUGAAGGACAUGCCGCUAGGCACUUUCAAGCCGACCGCCUCGUACCUCGGCGCCUUCCCCCACUUCCCCGUCGACCUGAUGGCGGCGGCAGCAGCCGCGGCCGGAGGCGGCGCCGCGGCGCACCUCAAGGGCUCGCCGUACGUGAGCUACGCGCGCAUGAAGACGCCGUCCGGCGUCGACACGCUCGUCCCCGUGUGCAGGGACCCGUACUGCACCGGCUGCCAGCUCAGUUCGCAGCUCCUGGCGGCGGCAGCGGCGUCGUCGACGGCGGGCGCCGGCAAGGGGUGCCCGGGGGGCUGCGCGCAGUGCGACCACGCCGGCAAGGCGGCCUUCCUGCCCGCCGCCGCGGCCGCCGCCGCCUACGCCACUGCGCACGCGCAGCUCGCGGCUCUCGCGUCGCACCUGCCGUACGUCUGCAAUUGGAUCGGCAGCGCAGCGCCCUCCGCCUCUUCCGCCGCCGACAGUUCGGCCGCUGCGGCGGCUGCUGCCGCGUCCGGCUACUGCGGCAAGAGGUUUGCCACGUCGGAGGAGCUGCUGCAGCACCUGCGCUCGCACACGGAGGCGGCGGUGUCUCCGCUGUUCGCGCACCGCGCCUACCCCACGCCGCCCCUCAGCCCGCUGGCGACGGCGCGGUAUCACCCCUACGGCAAGCCGACCCCUGGCGCCCUGCUGCCGCCGGGGUUCCCGUUGCACCCCCACCCGGGGCUGCCGCCCUACUUCUCGCCCUAUUCGCUCUACGGACAGCGGCACCCGUGAAUCGGCGGUCCGCCGAUCACACUUCAAAUCGUCCCCCGUGGAAGCUACGGGACACUUGUGAAUAUAAAUUUAACCAAAGUGUAUACUGAAGAGUCUGAGCAAGUGACAUGGCUCGUCCGAGUGGCAAUUACUUCACUGGUACUUAAAAUCAGUGAGGACAGGAAUUCCGAUUGUACAUUAAAGUACUGAAUGCCUUGUACACUGGAAUGAUUUUUCACUUUCAACACAGUGUUCGCUAUAAUUGAUGCGACAUAUCUCACGUUUACAGCUGACUUCGUCAAUAAAUAUUUAUCCUAGCAAGACCUUUGCCAAUAUGAUCAAAGAUACUCGUUAUAUAAAACUGCUAGUACACUGACUGUACAGUGAAAUUCGCUGCAUAAUUCGUACUGUGAACUGUAUUUAAAUGCAAUAUGACUGAGCACGAUUUAAUGAAUACCACAGAUUGUAUCAUUGCCAGCUGUUUUAUCCAUCAUUAAUUUUUUAGGUACUGUACGAGCAACUACUUUUGUCUUCAGUCUCUGUUUACGUCUUCCAUACCUUUAGCUGUUAAUGGCACCAUCACCACCACUUCUCCACCAGUUGAUGUUUUUUCAUACCUGCGGAUGCAGUUUUGGUAUAUCCGUACGAUCCUCUUGCCCACAAGUCCCUAGACCAUCAACCCAUAGUGAACCUGAACAACAACCUACUUUAGUGAUAAGUUCUUACUUGUAUUUCACCCAACCCACAACCACUUUAAAAUUGCAGUGUCAGGCGUUACGGAUGAGAGGAGCUCUUUUUGGUAGCUCUUUGUGUCCAUUUCAUUGUUGCUGAAUAAGAUUUUCUUGUUCAGGAUCCAACUGCAAACUAAAAUUACUAUCUUUGUGCAAACCGUUUUCUAUCAUAUUGCAUCAUACUGAAAGAACUCCCUUUUCAUUUACUUAAUGGGACAAAACAUCUACAUAUUAUAGGUCGUAAAUUAAAUAACCACCAUGAAAUAGGUGAAAUCAAUUUAGUCGAGGUGGUGGUAGGUGGGCAUAAACAUGAAUCAUUAUGCUUCGUUCCAGUUCUCGGGAAUUAGCAAAAGCGUUUCGUGGGAGGAUCACCCUCAUGUUCUACAGCCGACAGUAAUGUUUACCAAAUUUUGACCACAGCAGAUGUUCCAGGUGUAAAAUCUUCGAUAUAUCGCAGAACAUUCUUUGAGGUCAUAGUGUAAGUACUCACUGUGCUUAAUUAUUGGUACACUACCACCAGUACAAGCUCGCAGGAAUUUGGGUUCCCGAUUCAGUUUAUUACAAACUUAAUUAGCUAAUGCACAAAUUACUUAGAUAUUAAUUUUUCAUGUUUCACACCAGGGAAAAAGCUCUUCCCGGCUACGCAUUAAUAUGCAAUGUCUGGAAACGAAAACAGUUGAGAACUUCCUGUAUUGCUGUUUGUUUUGUGUUGAAUCUGUGUUGGGGGGUAGAAAGCUCUAGUUCUUGAGCAACGACCCUCUUACAAUAAUGAUUACAUCUGUAACUACACACUGAUCGGUGAAUUUGCGAAUAGCAACUUCCACGCGAGAACAUUACUUACUGGAUGAUGUCCACAAAUGCUAAAAGUCCGCCGCAACUCAUGCACGUGUGUGGUCAUUGUCUGUAGGUUUUAAAAACUAUUCUUUAUUCAAAGACUGAGGCAAGAGAACAAAUGUAUAUAUAAUGCAUAUUGGACUGAAAGUGUUUGCUUCUCGUUCUGUUCAAAUAUAUAUAUACGGACCUGUUAAGACGUAUUGCAUAUAUAGAAGUCGAGAAUAUGGCUCAGAUGUGAGUUCCUUUCAGAAUGACUGCUGUCGCAGUUACCUAAAGUUACCCCACUGGUCACGAUACGUUGAACGUUGUAUUCAUUGAGUCUGGAAUCACAGUGGAACUUUUCGCAAGUAACGCACUUCAUUAUACGAUAAAAGAUAUUUUCUUUCGUCGCACUGCAAUCUUAGUCUACCAUCGUUAUAAAAAGUGAUAAAAGAAAUUCCUGUAUAAUUCACCAAUGUGCCCUCCAAUGAAGAACAUUCUGAACUACUCAGCAUGUGUUUUUGAAGUUGUCAUACCACUUGUUUUAGGUAUUUGACAAAUUAUGCUACUUCACUUCCUGAUUUGAAGAUGUCUUCUUUCUGAGAUGUCCACUUAAGUUUCCAUAUCUUAGUUGGACUAUAUUGUAGUCAUAAUUAAAGGUUUAUAGUGAAAUAUUUUAGCGAUGUUGUUGAAUUUAGCAAGUACGCUGCACAUUUUAUGAAUUACAUGACUACGGAACUGUGUUGAAAAAUGUAAUAAUGAAUAUUGGUUGAUAAUCUGUAGGUGAUAAUGUUUUGUUAACUUUCUUGGUAGAAAUACUCAGAAAAAGCCAAAUGUGCAUAGCGUUGUUUACUCCAUCAACACUCCACAGGAAUGAAAGGAACAUUAUCAUUGGAUGCAGAUAAUGCUUCUGAGCUGUUCAAAUACUGCAGUCUUAAUGUCUAGCUCGUGACUAUUACCUGAGAUGCAUGUAAUUGUUCAUGUACUUUCGUGUAUAAUUGUCUACUCUAUUUGAUUCAUAAUGUAGCCAAAGCUAAUGAACCUAAUUUUUUAUCGCUCUAUGUUAUUUUGGAUGUGUGCGAUAUGAAAAUAAAUAAUUUAA